AUUUACCAGUCUGCAAUGCAACGGCUAAAAAUACGUCGGUCGAGAAAAUUUUGCUGAGUUUAGCAUGAGUGAAACAAUCUGCCUGCGACGGCCUUCUUCCGACGUUCCUUGGGGUUUCCGGCUUAAAGGAGGAAGAGAUUACCAAUGUCCAAUAAUAGUUCAAAGGGUAACCGUGGGUAGUAUAGCUGGGACGGGACUAUCGGUUGGUGAUAUUAUUACAAAAAUUGGCAGCUAUGACACGGCUAAUUUAAAUCUGAAUGAAACGCAAGAGUUGAUAAAAUGCUCUGGAAAUUUACUGCAGUUAAACGUUAUCAGAACGGGACAAUCUGGCCAACAAUAUCACCCACAACAACAAUACUACCAGCAGCAGCCGCAGCAGCAAUAUCAACCAUACGAACAGCAAAACUUUCAACAAGCCUACUAUUCUCCCCAAGAGCAAGUGGAUCCUUAUCAAAACUCUUACUAUUCUUCGCAAUAUAAUCAAUCUAGUGACUGCUACGGCGGUCAGAACUAUACUGGAGGUUACAGUUCACCUACUCCUCAAAAUCAACGCUACGAGCAACCAGCUUACAACCGAUAUCCGUCGUAUCAGUCAAGUGGAACUUUUUCUCCUAGUAGCGAAAUAUCUAACCAGCAAGGAAUGAGCCAGACAAGCGAUAGAACUUACUCGCCAAUUAGAAGUGUACAAGCGCCCAUAUCACCGGUGACAGAAAAUCCUCCCAGUCAUUACAAUCAGUAUGGAGCACCUAUUCAACAAAAUAGAACCUUUUCUCCAGUGAGCUCGAUUCAAUCUCCACCUUCUACACCUAAUCAACUUAACUACGGUACAAAUCAAAUGCAAGCUCCCUUUGGGGGAUCUCCCCGUUAUCUUCGUCAGACAUCGUCUGACUUCAACGCUAAGCCGAAGCCGUUUGGAUUUAAUCAGGCUGCAGUGUCAUCGUCAACAAGCGAAUUAUCUGAUAAUUCAGAGGCGCCUGCUAUAACUAAUACCAGACUUGAACAGCAAUUGGAAAACAUACAAAAAUUCGGUUCUCUUCCUAAACCUGUAAUGACGAAUAUGACUGAGCUGGAAAAACCAAAAGAUAAACCUAAGAGUCCCAUCUCGGACAAUAGAGUUCAACACAAAAUACCUGAUGCAAUUUUAAAUAUGGCUGCAAGUAAAGGAUCUGACAAGAAACCAUGGUCAUAUGCUCCUGAUUUGGAUGUCAUUAAACAACAAAGGGAAAAAGUUCGUAAAAGAGGUUCUACAAUACCGAGAUAUCAAAAUAUUCUAAAUUUACCAGCUUUUGAUGAUGAUAAUAAUACCAAUAAUACCAGUGUACCUCAAACAGAUAAUAACCUUCAAGGUUUACCAGGGACGAAAAAUUCUCCCAGUGACAGUGAAAAAUCACCAGUUUUCAAAAUGAUUCAUGGAUUAGAAGAACCGAAGAAAAAUAUUAACAAUCGUCCCAAUCGUCAGCACUCCUAUGAGAGAUCGCCAAGAGAGCCUGCGCCGGAUGAUGAACUUCGAUUUACUGGAUUAAACUCCGGCAGUAGAAAGGAAGAACCACGAGGAGAAGUUGAUGAAAGCUCUUUGUUCGCUUAUAGGAGCCACGACCGCUAUACAGGAGGUAAUAUACCUUCGAGAUCCUUCAAAAUCUUGCAAUCUAUUACUGGUACAGAAGACGACGUUAGCGAUUCUACACCAACGUAUAGAAAAAAUGUGAAAAAACACGAUGAAGAAGAGAAUAUCCCUCAGUAUGAGCCAACAGUUUACAGCGGUGGGCAUAUCCCGUCUAGAUCCUUUAAAAUCUUGCAACAAAGUUACCCAAAGCACGAAUUAGAGAGUAACACAAACGUUCAAGUUGAAAGUCAGCUAACUACAAAUCUACCUACAAGUCAACCUAUAAAUCAACCUACAAAUCAACCAAUGAAUCAAGUUGGUGAAGACGCGAAAACCGGAGCUGGGACGAAUCAUUUUGCACAGCCGACGAUAGAACAGCCUCCAGCUCCAACUGGCACCAGGAGACGUCGACAGAGACCUCCUGAGAAGCAAAGAUUAUUUAAUGAACAAGCGUUUCUUGCCGGAAAAAUACCGAUUGUUCACGGCGGCAACGUCGAUCCAAAAGUUAUUGAAUAUUACGAGAGUCAGACGAAUAAUAAUACUGUAUCUAAUUCAUUGGAAGAAGGAGAUAAGCCCCAUUUAAAGACAGAUUUCGAUGAAAAAGCUUUUCUUGCUGGAAAGGUUCCUAUUAUUAGCGGCGAGGGUGAAAACCAGCCGGCGGGUUUCAACAAACCAGAAAAAAUAAAAGAAAAAGCACCUUGGCAAAGGGAAGAGAUAAAUCCUGUUGUAACUACCGACGAUUUUGAUGAAAAAGAGUUCUUAAAGGGCGGAAGAGGAACUGUUCGACAGUCAGUUGAUAGAGAAUUAGCGAGCACUCCUGUGUUUGAGAGGACAGCUUACACGAGAAAUAAAGCUCCUUGGGAAAGGAGAUUUAGGGAUGACGGAACAGUGUCGGACGCUGAAUUCGACGAAAGUCGCUUUAUACGAAGACGACAGAGGGGAUCUAACAAAGAAAAUGCAGUCAAUAGUGAAUUUUACAGGACUAGUCGGUCUAUUUCGAAGGAGCGUUUUCUACAAAAUGAUGAAUAUGAAAGAGGCUGUCGUACUGAUGACGAAGACUCCCCAAGGAGAAGAUUAGUGUACACAGGUUCGAAAAUUCCCUCAAAAUAUUUUAAGAAAUUACAAUUAAAAAUGUGGGAUUCUCCUGACAAUCCAACGGCUCCAAAGCCACCAGUAAAUAUUACUCAAAAAGUCAACGAUAAAGAAGUAAAGAGCGAGGAAGGACAAUUAAAAAAUAACACUGAAAUGGUUAAUGGUGAAAUUGAGGUUAAUAAAGAGGAAGAAGAAAAGAAAGAAACUAUUACUAAAGAACCUGAACAAUUUGAGGGAAAAGAAAUAUCUGAACCUGUACCAAAUGGAACAUAUGAACAAGUCGAGGAAUCUAAAGAACCCAUACCAAAUGGGACUUGCGAGAAGGUUGAGGAAUUUAAAGAACCUGUAGAGUUACCAGUUGAAAACUAAUUAUAACCUAUUCUGUGUGAAUUAUAAAAUAUAUACUGAAUGAUUUAUCUGAGAAGAUAAGAGAAAGAAAAAGGAAAGACGAUAAAACUUUCAUCUCGACAACCCCUCAUCCUACGUGGGUCAUAAUUUUCAUUUAGAACUCACAAUAGAAACACGUGAAAAGAUUUUGUGGUUAGCCUCCUCUCUUUGAAAUUUUAUUAAAUUUCCUAGUUUCGAUUUCUUGUAGUUUUAAUACAGGAUUAAUUACAAAUCA